AUGGCACCACACACGACCACGGCCCCGCUGACCGAGCUCGUCCUGUCGUCGACGGCCUCGUCGUCCCCCCUCCCGACCCUCUCGCUCCACAACCCGCUCACGGGCGCGCUCGUCUACUCGUUCCGCGCGCCGACCGCCAACUCGGGCACUCUGACUGCUGGUGGAACGGCCAAGAAGCGCGCGGGCGACCCGGACAACGAGCAGAGCUUGGAGGGCCGGAGGACGCUCGCCGUCGUCGAGGGCGCCAACGGCAGCGGCGGCUUCAUCGCUGGACUCGGCGGCAAGGACGGCAGGGCCGCGGUCAACGUGUGGAACUUUACCCGGGAGACGACGCACCACCGCCUCAUCCCGCCCGUGCGCCUCUCGGUCAUGACCGUCAGCCGCGAUGGCCUCUACAUGGCAGGCGGUACGCCUGACGGCCGCAUCUUUUUGUGGGAGAUGUCGAGCGGCAACCUGCUCGUGACGGUCGACGCGCACUACCGGGCUGUGAGCGCGCUCGAGUUCUCGGACGACGGCGCCGCGCUGGUCAGUGCGAGCGAGGACGCCGGCGUGUCCGUGUGGGCUCUCGGUCGCCUCCUCGCCGCGACGCCCAUGAACCCGCCUGCGCCAUUCGCGACCCUGUCGGACCACACGCUCGCCGUGACCGACGUCGCCGUCGGCAUGGGCACGUUCCCGCAUUGCCGGGUCGUGACCGCCUCGAUGGAUUCGACCGUCAAGAUCUGGGACCUGUCGACCUCGCCUGCGUCGCUCCUGUCGACCUUCUCGUUCCCGCACCCGGUCACGCACGUCGCCGUCGACGCCCUCGAGCGCUUCUUCUUCGCCGCCGGCCCGUCGUCUACCUCUUCCUCCUCGUCGACGUCCACCUCGAGCUCGGCCGCUGUCGAUGCGGCACCAGCACCUGCAGCGGCGGGCAGCCGGGUCGUGCGCGUCAACUUGUACCGCAAGCGGCGUGACGAGUUUGGGAUCGAGGUCGCUGAGCCGGUUGGUGGCGGUGGGCGAGGAGAGACGGAGCGCGUGGGAGGAGGACCGGAGGAGAGCGUCAAGGAGGGAGAGGUUUACGAGGUCCCUGAUACGAUCACGGCGUUGCACCUCUCGCAUUUCUCGCCCACCCUCCUCGUCGGCACCUCGUCGACGCACACCCACGUCCUCUCUCUCCCCUCUCUCCUCGCCUCGCGCAUCCUCGCCCCACCUCCCUCAUCCACCUCGCCCGGCCCCAUCACCUCGCUCGUGUCGCUCCUGCGCCCGGCCGAGCUCGGCGCCGCGUCCGCCUCGACCGGCUCGACCUCGACCGCCGCAGGCGGCGCGCCCGACCUCCCGCAGCGCGCCAUCAUGCCCCAGGGCAUGGGCCGCACCGUCGUCCCGCCUGGCGACCGCGAGCGCGGCGGCACGGGCGCGCGAACGGUCGACGUGCGCAUCGGCCGCGCGAGCGACGUGCGCGAGCUGCUCUCGCCGGCGGCGGGCCUCUCGCCGUACGCGCUCUCGGCCGCAGCGGGCGCAGCUGGUGCAGGUGCGGGCGCGGCGGGAGCUGGGGCUGGGGCGGGCGACGCGCUCGAGCGGGAGCGGCGCCGGGCGGCCGACCUCGAGCGCGAGGUCGAGUCGCUCAAGCGGCAGCUCGGGCGCGCGGUCGGGCAGAGCGAGAAGGUGUGGAGCAAGGCGGUCGAGGGGGCGCUCGCCGGCUUGUAGAGCGGUCGCUGGCGGACGAGACGAGACGAGGCAGGAGGAUGGCUGCAACGACAUCGGCCGAGGGCGCUCUUGCACGACCAC